AUGUGUAUAUAUAUAUAUAUAUGUGCACACAGGAAACCUCGACCUGUCUCUCAGCUGGUUGCACAGCAGGUUCCCCAGCAGUUUGUGCCCCCUACACAAUCAAAGAAAGAGAAAAAAGACAAAGUAGAAAAGGAAAAAAGUGAAAAGGAAACAACUAGCAAAAAGAACAGUCAUAAGAAAACCAGGCCAAGAUUGAAAAAUGUGGAUCGAAGUAGUGCUCAGCAUUUGGAAGUUACCGUUGGAGAUCUGACAGUCAUAAUUACAGACUUUAAGGAGAAAACUAAGUCACCACCUGCUUCCAGUGCCGCUUCUGCGGAUCAGCACAGUCAGAGUGGUUCUAGCUCUGACAACACAGAGAGGGGAAUGUCCAGGUCAUCUUCACCCAGAGGAGAAGCCUCAUCGCUGAAUGGAGAAUCUCAUUAAAGUUUAUUUCUUCCAGUUUCUUUAGUCUCUUCUCUUCAAAACAUGCAAAUACAUAACUUCUGCCACCUGUUACCACAUUUUCAUGACAGAUUAUCCGUGCACAAUUGGUAUGUUUACUGGAACAUAGUUUAUGCAGUUAAAAAGUGCAGUGGUAGAAAUGAUAAUUUAAAUGCCAUCUACAAAUGCUUACAAAGCAUUUUCAGACCGACUUUUUAAUCUUCAUGUGUAAAGGUGCCAUGAAAAUGUGGUUUGAAUGUUCAUUAUGCAGUGUUAUUGGUAAGUCCAUUUUCACUUUUAGUUUAGUGAAUUCUAACACAACUCUUGGAUUCUCUACUAUUGGCAUGUACUGAAUUUAAAUUUUUAUAACAUAGUUCAAGCUGCCUAAAUAUGUAUUAUUUGAGAAUUGUGAAGCAUAGUUAUAUGUAUGCAAGUCAAAGAUCAACUUAAUCAACUAUUGCUGCAACAGAAUUUUCAUAAUAAUUAUCUUAAAAACACCUGCUGGUACUUGGUGUGGUUAAAUAGGAAAAUGUUAUUAAAUAAAACAUUUCUAUGAAUUUUUGCCAAUGUUUGACACAUUUUACUAGAUUACUGUUACUGAAUUAUGUUGCUGGUUUUACCAAUUUUUUUUUCACACUUAAAACACUUAUUGUAAUGUUUACAAGCAAAAUAGAAAACAUUCUAAGGAUUGAUUGGUUAGCUUUAUAAUUCAGGUGAAGUACUACAUUGUCACUAUACACUGGUAUUCUAUGUUUUGUAACAAGUGUAUUAAACCUCAAAUGACUAAGCAUUUGGCAAAACUUACAUCUGGAAAUAUGAAAUUUUGAAAAAGCUUUAAAAAUAACCAGAAGUACAGUUCUCUUUUCUGUUUAGUGCUGUUUCCUUGCCCCAAGUUUAUGUAGUGUCAUACAGUCACUUACCAUUUCAUUACAGAAAUAUUAGAUGUUGCACAAGAAUAAGGAAAUAACAAUACUAUUACUUUUUUAUUCUUGAAUCAACUUCUUUCAAUUUGAUUUGGCCCUGUAGAAAAGAUUAUGUCAUAAAUCAUAUGAAAAAAACUCUGCACUCUACGGCAUAAUUUGUCAGCAUUUACGCACUUAGCAAUAUACUGAUACAGAGCAGAACUAUUUACAGUCCCAUCUGGUAUUAUGUAAAAUUACCAAUAAAAUAUUUUUGUGAAUACAGAUUUUGCAUUUUUGUUUACAACCAAUAAGUGUUUUGAUGCACACACACGUACGCAUUCAUACGUGCACACACAUGAACGCACACACACGAACACACACACACACACACACACAAAAUCCCAGUAUAGAUGUAAAAUUAGAGAUUCAGAUUCAGUACAAAAGUCCAUUUGAUUCUCCUCUUAGUGAGGAAGUCCACUCACAUCCCUGUGAUUCUUCUCUUUCAUCCAAAAUAUAUAUUUCUAUCCCCUUAUAAAAGUUGGAUGGACCUUUUGGUAGUGAAUCCAGCCCUAAAUUAUUACCAACCUAUGGUACAUCUUUGUAACAGCUAAAACAAUGGAUUUUUGUAGCCCCUGACAAUUGUGAUGUUUGGUGGUUUCUUGUAGUAAUGUAUUUUUCUGUUUUUAAUGCAGUACUUCUACAGGCAUAAUAGUACUGUCUAUUUUGUAAGAUGCUAAUUGUGAAAUAGUUGCAUAAAAUGAAAGUCUGAUGUGAUAUCUGAGAACAUACAUACCUCAUUCCUUGGUGUUGCUGUUUAAACUUUUUAGACAUCAAAUGUUAAUUAUAGGCUAUUUCAGAUGAAUAACUACUGACCUGUUUAUUAUGUAUUUUGCUUUAUCUUACCAAACAGGAUGUUUGUUCAUUGAUAUUACCUGGCCAAAUCUUAGUAUCUUUAAAA